AUGUGUUGCUUCAGACCUUGUCUGUUUUCAUUACAACGGAUACAUGAAUUUCGCGGGAAUAUAGUUAUUUUCCUUACAUAUACUUUGUGUUGUCCAUUGACUGCUGUGUGUUUUUGUUUCUUCCCAACAAGAUUUUGUCAAAAUGAAUGCAAAGCUGUUCUACAGAUCCUUGGAUCUUGUCUUACCAAUAAAUAUUCUGAGGGCUACCCAGGACAGAGGUAUUAUGGUGGUAAUGAAUUCAUUGAUCAGGUGGAGACCUUGUGCCAGAAGAGAGCCUUAGAGACCUACCGAUUAAACCCAGAUGAGUGGGGUUGUAAUGUACAACCUUUGUCUGGUUGUCCUGCUAACUUUGCUGUCUAUACUGGUGUGGUGGGACCCCAUGGUCGCAUCAUGGGGCUCCAUUUACCAGAUGGUGGCCAUCUCAGUCAUGGAUUUAUGACAAACAAAAGAAAAGUGUCUGCAACAUCUGUUUUCUUUGAAUCAUUCCCCUACAAAGUGGACAGCGUAUCUGGACUUAUUGAUUAUGAUAUCUUGGAGCAGAAUGCAAAAUUAUUUAAUCCUUCAUUGAUUGUGGCAGGUGUGAGCUGUUAUUCUCGCCAUUUGGAUUAUGAGCGUUUCCGUAAAAUAGCCAAUGAAGUAGAUUGUCUUCUAAUGGCAGACAUGGCACAUAUCAGUGGUCUUGUUGCAGCUGGGGUUGUCCCAAGCCCCUUUGAUCAUUGUGAUAUUGUUACUACCACCACUCAUAAAUCCUUGAGAGGACCCAGGUCUGGAAUUGUUUUUUUCAGAAAGGGUGUUAGAAAAGUUCUAAAAAAUGGAAACAAAGUAAUGUAUGAUCUUGAAAAGAAAAUCAAUGAAGCCAUCUUCCCUGGUCUCCAAGGAGGUCCACACAACCACCAAAUUGGAGCUCUGGCAGUAACAUUGAAGCAAGCACAAACAAAAGAGUUUAAGGAUUACCAAUUGCAGGUUUUGAGCAAUGCUAAAGUAAUGGCUAAUGAACUGGUGGCCCUUGGAUACACUUUAGCAACAGGUGGCACAGAUAACCAUUUGGUGUUGUUGGAUUUACGUCCUCUGCAGCUGGAUGGUGCUCGCUGUGAGAGAGUGCUUGAAUUGAUGCACAUUGCUGUUAACAAAAAUACUUGUCCUGGGGACAAAAGUGCUCUGAAGCCGGGAGGUUUACGCUUGGGAACACCUGCUCUGACAUCUCGCCAAUUUGUAGAAGAUGAUUUCAAGAAAGUAGUUCAAUUUAUACAUGCAGGUAUUGAAUUGGCCAAAGAAGUGAAUUCCAAAUGUGGACCAACUUUGGCUGAUUUCAAGAAUAUGCUUGAAAGUGACCCAGAGGUGCAAGAAAAGCUGAAGAAUUUACGAGAUGAAGUGAAAGCUUUUGCUGAGAAAUUUCCUAUGCCUGGUUUUGACCAGAUAUAA